AUGCCGAUCGCCAGCAUUUUCCUUGGAUCCGCCGCAUGGUGGAUGGCAAACUACGUUGUCAAGGAACCUUGCCACACUUCUGCCUUGAAAGCAGAGGAGUGGAUUGCUGAGCUCUUAGGUGGCAACCCGAGACGGUUCCGAAAGCAACUGCGUAUCCUUCCAAGCACCUUCCUGUCAUUGCUGGACGUUCUCCAGAGACAACACUCACUCAAGCCGAGCAGAUUCGUGUCUGCCAGAGAAAAGUUGGCAACCUUUCUCUUCAUCUGUGGCCAUGGGGCAUCCAAUCGCGACGCUCAAGAGCGAUUUCAACGCAGUGGGUGGACGAUCGCCCAGUCCAUCAACGAGCCAGAAUACCCGUUUCAAACCCAUUUGCAUCUCGUUUACGCCCUCUGCGGGCUACACAACAUCAUCACGGAACUCGAAAGCGAAGGCCGACGAAGCCAAGAAAAAGCGUGA